AUGUUUGAAAAUCCUUUAAAUGAAUUCAAAAUUAAUUCUGAAGAAAAAAUUGAAAGAUUAAAAUUAUUGCUUAAAAUGAAGACCUUUGAACAAUUUUUGGCACUUAAAUUUCCAACAUUAAAAAGAUAUUCUGGAGAGGGAGCUGAGACUAUGGCUAUAUUCUUUCACCAAUUACUUGAAGAUUGUUCUCAAUAUGGAAUUCAAGAAUUCUUUUGGGGUGGUGCUCAUAGAGGCCGUUUAGCCUUACAAAAUGUUCUCUUUCAAUAUCCUACUGGUCAAUUAUUUCGUAAAUUAUGUGGAAUGAGAGAAGCUCCAGAAAAUAUUUUUGGAAUUGGGGAUGUUUCUUCUCAUCUACAUUUUGAUUUUAAUUACAAAACAAUUAAUGACAACAAUGUCCAUGUAAGCACAUUACCAAAUCCUUCACAUUUAGAGGCAACAAUUGCUACACUUUAUGGGAAAGCUAGAGCUAGGGCACAAACUUUAAGAAUAGGCGAUUAUGGUGGUCAAGUUGUUGGAGAAGGUAUUCUUGCCGUUCAUCACCACGGAGAUGGUGCUUUUACUGGACAAGGAAUUGUUUGGGAAGCUCUAUCGAUGUCUCAAGUACCGAAUUUUCACAUUGGCGGCUCUAUUCAUUUAAUUGUUAAUAAUCAAUUAGCUUUUACUGCAGACAAAACUAUUGGACGAUCAUCAAUUUAUUGUGGAAAUGUUGCUUUAGCUAUUGACUGCCCUUUAAUUUGUGUUAAUGCCGAAAAUAUUUUGGAAGUAAUUAAAGCAGCAAAAAUAGCUUUAAAAUAUCGACAAAUUUUUAGAAAAGAAAUUUUUGUUGAAUUAAUAUGUUAUCGAAGGUAUGGACAUAAUGAAUUGGAUGAACCUAGAUUUACACAGCCUGUAAGGGAGAAAAAUUAUUUUUUAAUUUAAAAAUUUGGUGAAACCUUAUAGUAGGGUUGGGCUUAAACGCUUGGGGGCGGUUGUGUCGGGGUACGGGGUUUCGAAUUGUUUCGGGGCGGUGUGGGGUAAAUUUUAUACUCGGUAUUAUUGUUGUUAUCUGCC